CAUCCCGGGCGGGAGCUGUAGGAGGCUGUGCUGGUCCUUCUAGGGGAAGGGAAGGGAAGGGGCAAGGGGUCCCCGGAGAAGAGAAAGGAGCUCCACCCCAGCCCCGCGAAGCCAUUACCUUUUUCCUGAGAACAUCGGCCCGAGAAUCACCUAGGAGAGAAGAGACGGGGUUUCGCCAUGUUGGACAGACUGGUCUUGAACUCCUGGCCUCAAGUGAUCCACCCACCUCAGCCUCCCAAAGUGCUGAGAUUACAGGAGCUGGAGAAUCAGUACUGUCCCAGCCGAUGGGUUGUCCGACUGGGAGCAGAGGAAUCCUUGAGGACCUACUCACAAAUAGGAAUUGAAGCCACCGCAAGGGCCCGGGCCACCAGGAAGAGCCUGCUGCAUGUCCCCUAUGGAGAUGGCGAAGGGGAGAAAGUGGACAUUUACUUCCCCGACGAGUCAGCUGAAGGUUCCUUGCCUUUCUUCUUGUUCUUUCACGGAGGAUACUGGCAGAGCGGAAGUAAGGACGAGUCUGCCUUCAUGGUCGACCCGCUGACGGCACAGGGAGUGGCCGUGGUAAUAGUGGCUUACGACAUCGCCCCCAAAGGCACCCUGGACCAGAUGGUAGACCAGGUGACCCGCAGCAUUGCGUUUGUCCAGAAGCGGUAUCCAAGCAACGAGGGAAUUUACCUGUGUGGACACUCAGCCGGGGCCCACCUGGCCGCCAUGAUGCUCCUGGCCAACUGGACCAAGCAUGGGGUCACGCCCAACCUCAAAGGCUUUUUCCUGGUGAGUGGGGUCUUUGACCUGGAGCCCAUCGUGUAUACGUCACAGAACGUCGCUCUCCAGCUGACCUUGGAGGACGCUCAGAGGAACAGCCCCCAGCUGAAGGUGGCCCAGGCGCAGCCGGUGGACCCCACCUGCCGUGUGCUGGUGGUCGUGGGCCAGUUCGACUCCCCCGAGUUCCACCGACAGUCCUGGGAGUUUUACCAGGUACUCCCAGCACAGACCCUGUGUCAAGGAGAGUGGAAAGCCUCGUUUGAAGAGCUCCACGAUGUGGACCACUUUGAAAUCAUUGAGAAUCUGACCCAGAAGGACAACGUGCUCACCCAGAUUAUCUUGAAAACAAUCUUCCAGUAGUUCUGACGAUACCUGGAGCCUGGUCCACGUGCAUCCCACCUUGGGAAGCCUCUCCAAAGAGCUUUCGGAGCUGAAGCUGACAGCUUCAGUUUCCCCCAGCACCCAGGAGAGCCUUGCUGUGUCUGCCUGCCUGGCAAGAGUCCAUUCUCACUGCUGGGACACUCAUGAAAAUCUCCAGGUCCUCCCUCUUCCCAGCCUGGUUGGAGCUCCAGGGCUGGGGAACGUCCACAAGUCAAUGCUCGGAGAUGCCCGGAGCCGCCUCUUAGCCUCAUCUGGCCCCUCCACCUGCUGACAGAGCGUGACAAAGAUGACGCUCAAAAGUAAUGCCAUUACUUUUAGAGGUAAUGGCAUUACUUCUUUUUUUUUUUUUUUUUGAGAUGGAGUCUCUCUCUGUUGCCCAGGCUGGAGUGCGGUGGCGUGAUCUUGGCUCAGUGCAACCUCCACCUCCCGGGUUCAAGCAAUUCUCCUGCCUCAGCCUCCCGAGCAGCUGGGACUACAGGCGCCCACCACCACGCCCAGCUAAUUUUUGUAUUUUUAAUAGAAACGGGGUUUCACCAUAUUGGCCAGGCUGGUCUCAAACUCCUAACCUUGUGAUCCACCCACCUUGGCCUCCCAAAGUGCUGAGAUUCCAGGCAUGAACCACCGUGCCCAGCCAGAAUGGCAUUACAUUUAAAUGGUUCAUAAAGAAGCACAAAAUAAUAUUAUUUCAUAACAUGUAAAAAUUAUAUAAAAUGUGGCCGGGCGCGGUGGCUCAAGCCUGUAAUCCCAGCACUUUGGGAGGCCAAGGCGGGCGGAUCACGAAGUCAGGAGAUCGAGACCAUCCUGGCUAACACGGUGAAACCCCGUCUCUACUAAAAAUACAAAAAAAUUAGCUGGGCGUGUUGGCGGGCACCUGUAGUCCCAGCUACUCGGGAGGCUGAGGCAGGAGAAUGGUGUGAACCCGGGAGGCGGAGCUUGCAGUGAGCUGAGAUCACUCCACUGCACUCCAGCCUGGGGGACACAGCAAGACUCCGUCUCAAAAAAAAAAAAAAAAAAUUAUAUAAAACGUAAAUUUCCAUGUUGAUAAAUAAAGUUGUAUUGGAACACGG